AUGUCCUGCCAAUGGCAUUUUUUUUUCUUGCUUGAAGGUCUGGAUACGGAUGAUUUCAUGGCAAAGGGUAAAACCGACUCGCAAGGCCAUUUCCGUAUUUCGGGACAUAUCAAUGAAAUAUCGCCGAUUGAUCCCAAGAUUAACAUUUACCACGACUGCAAUGAUGGUUAUAUAAGUAGCGGUAAAGUGCCGAGCCGAUUCUACAAUGCAGGAACAAUCGAGCUCGCUGGAAAAUUCAAGGGCGAAACUCGCGACUGCAUUCACUGA